AUGAAGUUUGCUGACCAUCUAACCGAGUCUGCCAUCCCGGAAUGGAGGGACAAGUAUAUCGAUUAUAAGGUCGGCAAGAAGAAGCUUAGCCGCUACAAGGACCAGCUGGCCGCAGAAGAGGAGCGAUCCAGCUCCUUCCGGAGCUGGGUGCCCUCUAUGCCGGUAUACCAGAGCGGGUUCCAACAGAGAACCGGCGCUAACAGCCGGAGCGAUAGAGACUAUCGCUCCGGCCCCGCUUUCAAGAAGGACUAUUCCUCUCUGCAGAGGGAGUUUGUUGCUGAUUUCAUCGAGGACUGGCUGAUCUCGUUCCAGUUGAGCAAAUGUAACGAGUUCUAUCUCUGGCUGCUGAAGGAGUGCGACAAGAAGUUUGAGGUUCUGGAGUCGCAACUGCACUACUACGUGCUGCAGAAGAACUACGAGCGGGGCACUUUGAACCGGUCUAGUUCGACCGUCGACAUGUCGACGGGUCUGUAUGCGGCGGGCCACAGUGGGCGGUCGGACUCCAGGGUCAACAGCAUCGACAGUGAGAACCGGUCUGUUAUGUACGGGUCGAUGCCCUGCGCCAAAGAGGCCGAUAAGCCGCGGUUGUCGCUGCUGGCGUACUGUAAAAAAGUGCUAAAGGACAACAGGCUGUUGCCCUCGUGGCCCAAGCGAGGGUUUUCGUUGCUGCACGACUUGCAGCAGGAUGCGUCUUCCAGGGGCCGCGAGACGUUUGCCUUUGGCGCAUCGUUCUUGGAGACCAUGACCACCACGCAGGCGAAAAACCUGCUAAGCAACGCCAUAAUCGAGUACUACUUGUACUUGCAACUGGUCAAGUCGUUCCGGGACAUUAAUGUCACCGGGUUCCGUAAAAUGGUCAAGAAGUUCGACAAGGCGUGUCAUACAAGAGAACUGCCCACGUUCAUGUCGUACGCGAGGACCCAUUACAUCCUUUUCAGACACGCGGACGCCAACGUGCAAUUGGUUGCGCAAAAGAUGCAACAAAUAACCAGCUCGCAACCGGCAACCACCUCCGAGCUCUCCUCUGCUCAAAGAGACAAAGAGCCCAUCACUUGGUUGGAGACGCAGAUCACCGAAUGGUUCACCUCCGCGUUGACCAACUCUCCCAAGGACAGGAAGCACAACACCCACAAGUUGAAGAAACUGACCAUUCAGUACGCCAUCUCUGAACAGAUGGUCCAUAGAAAUAACAGAUCUAUUGUGCAGAUGCUUGUUGUUGGUCUGGGCAUGGGUGUGUCGAUGACUUUGAUCACUUACACUUUGUACUUGGCCAUUAGCUCUGAAGAGACCUCAUUUACACACAAGAUUUUGUUCCCAUUGUGGGGUGGUUGGUACAUGGUUUUGCUGAUUGCGUUCCUUUUCCUCGUCAAUUGUUUCAUCUGGCAUAGGACAGGGAUUAAUUAUAGAUUUAUUAUGCUGGGUGAAAUUCAAUCCAAGAACGGUACCCAAUUUUUCAACAAUGAUUUUGCCACGAGUAAAAUCCCCCUCAAAUUGUAUUUCUUAACCUUUUUCAUAGUGCCCUGUGCGGUCUGUUCCAUGUUGAGUUUCGCUUUGGAAAAGCUCACACCCCUAGGGUUCCUAUACAUUGGUAUUGUGACUAUUUUGUUCCUGUGUCCCUCUGGCCUCAUCCCAUAUUGGGAUAAAGUGGUACACACUAGGAAAUGGUUAGUCGUCACUUUUAUUAGACUGAUGAUGUCUGGUUUUUUCCCCGUCGAGUUUGGUGAUUUCUUCUUGGGGGACAUUAUAUGCUCGUUAACCUAUUCUAUUGCCGAUAUCGCCAUGUUUUUCUGCGUUUAUUCGCAUACUCGUAACGACUUAUGUGGUUCUUCGCAUUCCAGAGCUAUGGGCGCAUUGUCUUGCCUGCCCAGUUAUUGGAGAUUUAUGCAAUGUUUGCGAAGAUUUGCCGACUCCGGUGAUUGGUUCCCGCAUCUUUUGAACGCUGCUAAAUAUACUUUGGGUAUUGCCUAUAACGCCACACUUUGUGCUUACAGAUUGUCUGAUCGUUCGGAACAAAGAAGAACUCCCUUUAUUGUGUGUGCCACGUUGAAUUCGAUUCUUACUGCCGCCUGGGAUCUAGUCAUGGAUUGGUCCGUUGUGCACAACACUACAUCUUACAACUGGUUGCUAAGAGAUGAUUUAUACUUGGCUGGUAAGAAAAAUUGGGAAAACGGUAGCUAUUCAUUCAGCAGGAAAUUGGUCUACUAUUUUGCCAUGAUUUGGGACAUCCUCAUUAGAUUUGAAUGGAUUGUUUACGCCAUCGCCCCCCAAACAAUUCAACAAAGCGCCGUGACGUCAUUUAUUUUGGCUUCUUUGGAAGUGUUACGAAGAUUCGUUUGGAUCAUCUUCAGAGUCGAAAAUGAACAUGUUGCUAACGUUCAUCUUUUCAGAGUCACCGGUGACGCUCCCUUACCUUACCCAAUUGCUCAAGUCGGUGAUGAUUCCAUGGACAGUAACGAUUUAGGCUCAAAAACUUUCUCAUCAAUGAAUGAUAUUCCUGUCACGCCUUCGCAUGACAACAAUCCCCAUAGUUUUGCCGAACCCAUGCCCGCCUACCGUGGGACUUUCAGAAGAAGGUCCUCUGUAUUUGAAAAUAUCUCAAGGUCCAUUCCUUGGGCCCAUGCUACUGAUUUCCAAAGGCCAACAGUUAAUACUGUGGAUGACAGAUCGCCCGAAACAGACAGUGAAAGUGAAGUAGACAGUGUUAUGUGA